AUGAACCAGCCAAGCGAUUUCUAUCUCGGUGAACGAGGGGCGAGAGCCGCCAGCCUUGGUGGUGACGAUGCUGGCAGGCCACCUCUCCUCGAGGACAUCAGCGCGGCCGUCGAUGAACUCGCCGUUGCCUUCUGGCCGGUCAACAAGACGAUCCACGACAACCCUGAGCUGGCGUACGAGGAGCACCACGCGCACCAUGUGCUGACGCGCUUCAUGGCCGCCCAGGACGGCUGGCGCGUGACGAGGUCUGCGUACGGCAUCGACACGGCAUGGGUGGCCGUCUACGAUUCGGGGAGGCGAGGCCCGGUCGUGUCCUUUAACGCGGAGAUGGACGCCCUGCCCGGCAUCGGGCAUGCCUGCGGACACAACCUGAUUGCGAGCGCGUCCGUCCUCGGUGCCGCGGCGACGGCCACCGUCAUGAAGAAGCAUAAGCUCUGCGGCAAGAUUGUGCUGUUUGGCACACCCGCAGAGGAGGGUGGCGGCGGCAAGAUCCGCCUGCUCAACGCGGGCGCCUACUCGUCGCAAGGCGUCGACGUGAGCCUCAUCUCCCACCCGGGCAUCGUGCCGGACGCGGCGCGCAUGCACACCACGGCGCUCUCCAGCUUCCAGGCCGAGUACUUUGGGCGCGAGGCGCACGCCGCGGCCAACCCGUGGCUGGGCAUCAACGCGCUCGACGGGCUCGUCACCGCGUACGCGAGCCUGUCGAUGCUGCGGCAGCAGUGCAUGCCCGGCGACGUCAUCCAGGGGCACAUCACCGACGGCGGGCUGCGCCCCAACAUCAUCCACGCGCACGCGGCGGGCCGGUUCGUCGUGCGCGCCGACUCGCAGGCCCGGCUGGGGCGGCUCCGGCGCAAGGUCUACGCGUGCUUCGAGGCCGGGGCCACGGCGUCGGGCGCGAGGCUCAGCAUCACCGAGGGGGAGGCGUACAGGGACCACGUCGCCAACGGGCCGCUCGCGCGGAGCUACACGCGGUACUUUAACGCGCUCGGCCCGCGGCAUCCCAUCGCGGAGAACGUCGAGGAGGACGUCCGGCGCGGGCGCACGCAGGCGAGCACCGACCAGGGCGACGUGAGCUACGCGAUGCCGAGCCUGAGCCCCGCGUUUGCCAUCGCGCCCGCCGGGGAGGAGGGCGGCGGCCAGGGGCCUCACAACCCCGAGUUCGCGGCGGCGGCGGGCACGCGCGACGCCUUCGCCCGCGCGGCCAUGGUCGGCAAGGGGCUCGCGGGGGUGGCGGUGGAUUUGCUGACGGUGGAGGGGUUCCUGGAUGAGGUGAAGAGGAGUUGGAGGGAGGACAUGGAGAGACUUGGCGUUGGGAGCGAUGAGUCUCUGUGA